GGGGGGCGGGGGGCGGGGGGCGGGCGCCUUCGAUCGUUUCCGGCCUUUGCCUUGGGGUCUGCGAGUUGUGAACCCCAACACCUGGAGGAAACUUCGCAAGAAUCUUUGCGAAGGAAGGAAAUAAUUUCCGAGCAUCCUUUUUUUGGGGGGGUGGGGGGCUGCUUGAGACCUUUCCCUUCAAUACAAGGCGGGGAAGUGGCGACAGGUCAGCGCCAAGGUCAUGCAGUCAGACCUGCAGUCAGACCCGUUGAGCUGCCUGCUUUCUGGGGCUGGCUCCUCUCUCUGCCUAACAGAGAAGCCUACAGGUUCCCCCCUUUAGGGUGCAUCUGGACUCCCUUCUCUUACCCUCGGCUACAGCCCGCCAGGGCGGGGGUGCUGGUCUCCUGGCUCCCCACUGACUAAUAUCCUGUCCGGACUUUUCAGCCUGGCAGGAACUCUGUGCUCUGUCACCGGUGGUGGUCUCUCCAUCCCUCACCUGGCUUAGACUGGCUCCCUUGGCCUCUGUGGAAUGUCUAGGUCCUCAAGUUCAGUGAAGGUCACGUCACUGAGCUGUACGCUUACUGCAUGCUGAAUGUUGUCGUGGGGCUAUUGGAUAGUCACUCAACAAACACUUGGAGUGACUGCCUACUCUGUGUGGGCGCUGGGGAUACAGUUGUGAAAACAGCAGUCUCUGCCCCUCAGGAUGCACAACCCAGUGAGAAAUGCAGGACAUUAGAACCCGCCUCUGUGGUUUUUUAAUAAGCACCUUUAGGACAGAGAUGAGUGACUUGCCCAAGGUCACACAGCUGCUUAGGGGGUGUGGUGGGACCUAAAAGAGAGAGGAUGGUGGGGAUCAGUGGGGGAUUUGUUAAGCUAAAAUGAGACUGGCUCUGUGAUACUGACUUUCCUUCUAGCACAAGGUAUGAAACUUUUUCUACAAAGGUCCAGAUAGUAAAUUUAUUUUCUUGGAGGGCUACGUGGUCCGUGUCACAAAUAGUCAACUCUGACUGCGAUAUCAAACAGCCAUAGACAAUAGUAAAUGCAUGGGCGUGGCUGUGUUCCAAGAAAACUAUUUGUGGAUACUGAAAUUUGAAUAUCAUCAACUUUGUACUAGUGGGGAAGUAUUCAUUUUCUUUUUUUUUUUUCCAACCAUUUAAAAAGGUACAAACCAUCCUUAACUGGAGGACCAUACAAAAACAGGUUGUGGGCUGGAUUUAGCCUUGCAAGUCAUAGCUUGACAACCCCUGUUCUAGAAGAUCUGAAUUCUCCUUGGUGUUUUUGGCUUAAAUCAGUGAUCCUCCAUCCAAAUACCCGAACCCGGUGGACCCAAUGUAAGGAAAGACUUAGCAUGCUGGAAACAUAAAAACAUCUUCUCUCCCCUUUUUCUCUUGGUUUCUCUUUGCUCCCUGACAUUCAUCUUAUACCUGGGGUUUGAGACAGCUGGAUGAUUGGGCCCUGUGGUAGCCUUGUCUCUGUUCUCAUGGUUUUAGGAACGGUGUCUUUUGAUCACCACACACCCAGGAAAUGCUUUCCUCUCUGAAAAGAAUGGGCAUGGACUGUAGUCUAAGGAAAAAGCCACACUUUAUCCUUGCACUUUAUUGUGCUUACAAAAAAGUCCUCAAGCACUUUCUCACAUGUAAGUGCAGGCGGGCAUAGCUUUUUGCUUCUUUUUCACUGCUGUAUUGGCCAGGACAGUCUCUGGUGCCUAAUAGGUUCCAGCUGGUCUUGACAAACCACCUCGUUCUCAUAAAACCACGGAAAGAGUGCAGAUAUUCUGCGGCUGGGCAGCACAGGCAAGAAUUUUCAUAGAGUCCUAGCUUAGCUCUUCCACUAAAGAAAAGAGGUAACUGAGGUUCAGAGUAGCCCCCUGACCUACCCAAGUCACAGGACUGGCUGGUGGUGAAGCCAGCCUCAACAGUUACCCACUCAGCUCUGCGUGACCCCUAAGCAUCUUCGGGUCUUGCUCUGUGUGUGGUUCGACUUUUGCAUUUGGAAGAGUUUGUGAUUAAUGCCUGACGCUUUCUUUCCUAAGCUGCAACCAUUCCCUUAUCAUCACUUCAAGGAUUUUGAAUUUUUCAUGAGCCGUGUACCACUUGUACUGUAUUUACUUAAUACUUUUUCCUAUGAAUGGACUCACUAUUUUUUUUCUUUACUUAAAAUCAUAUGAAAAGGAAACUUUAUGUCACUACGAUAGUAGAAAACCAUGGUCACUUGAUAUAAGCAGAAGGCAGCUGGAAAGAUAAACACAAUGAUAAUAAUGUCACAUAAUUACUUAUGUCCAAGGCUCUGAGCUAGGGUCUGUUCUCUGUUUAAAAAGGAAGAAGGGAUGGUGGUGGGGUGAGAUGUGCAAGUGUUAGAAACACGUUAACAUACAGUGGUACCAAACUGAGACCUUCAUUUUGAGAGAGAACUGAAAAGGAGGAUAACUUUCUUCAUCUUGAUUGAGUGUUCUGAGUUUGAGUUCAUCUCCGGAAUAUAUCCCAGGCUGAGAAGCAGUUGGACUCCUGAUCUCCGGGGUUUACAUGGCUCAUCCAUUCCUAAACCACUGUGACUCUUCCCUGGAAGAGGGGGAGGGAGUCUGUGUGCCUUGGGAACCUGUGAGAAGUCCUGGUGGGGGGUGGGGCUACCUCCCUUUUCAGCCCCUCCCUCCCAGGACCAGAUUAUGGCUUCCUCUUCUGCUCCCUGUGUUUGUGGGUGGUCAUAUGAAACUCCCCACCAUCACCAUUGGAGCAGAAUUAUAAGGUAGGGCCUCUGGGAGGGUGGGGGAAGCCAAGUCACAUCCACUCUGUGCCAGUCUGCAUGUUUAGCUAAUCAUGUCCUUUUGGGUUGGCUUCAUGGCUAUUUCUGUAUAGGAAGGUUUGCUCUUCUGAAGUGUGGCUGCAUUGGAUAGCAUGACUAUCUAUCCACCCGCUCUGAUUCAUAACAGCAUACGGUGCAAAUCAAAUCGAAAUGCUAAAGUUUCCCAUUUAUUCGGUGUUGGUUAGCCAGGAGGCUACCAGCAGCCCCGCAGAUAGCAGUACGUUGUUAGGGAGUCAGCUCCCUUCCCAGGAUGGGCAGUUGGAACCUUUAAACGAGGGUUUUCUUUCUAGAAUCUCCGAUCUGCUACUGUGCAGAUGGACUUGCAGGCACUGCUGUCAGAAGUGCUAUGAGUCCAGCUGUUGCCAGUCGAGUGAGGAUGAAGUUGAAAUUCUGGGACCUUUCCCUGCCCAGACUCCUCCCUGGCUGAUGGCCAGCCGGAGCAGUGACAAGGACGGGGACUCUGUCCACACAGCCAGUGAAGUCCCUCUGACCCCACGGACCAACUCCCCAGAUCGAAGAUGCUCAUCCUCAGACACAUCUAAGUCUACGUACAGCCUGACCCGGAGGAUUUCAAGUCUUGAGUCCAGACGACCCAGCUCCCCACUUAUUGAUAUUAAACCCAUCGAGUUUGGCGUUCUCAGUGCCAAAAAGGAGCCCAUCCAGCCCUCGGUGCUCAGACGGACCUAUACCCCAGACGACUACUUCAGAAAGUUCGAGCCCCAGCUGUACUCCCUCGACUCCAACAGCGACGAUGUGGACUUCCUAACAGACGAGGAGAUCUUGUCCAAGUACCAGCUGGGCAUGCUGCACUUCAGCACCCAAUAUGACCUGCUGCACAACCACCUGACGGUACGGGUGAUCGAGGCCAGGGACCUGCCACCGCCCAUCUCCCAUGACGGAUCGCGCCAGGACAUGGCCCACUCGAACCCCUAUGUCAAGAUCUGUCUCCUGCCAGACCAGAAGAACUCUAAGCAGACGGGGGUCAAACGCAAGACCCAGAAGCCUGUGUUUGAGGAGCGUUACACCUUCGAGAUCCCCUUCCUCGAAGCUCAGAGGAGGACCCUGCUGCUAACUGUGGUGGAUUUUGAUAAGUUUUCCCGCCAUUGUGUCAUUGGGAAGGUGUCUGUGCCUUUGUGCGAGGUUGACCUGGUGAAAGGCGGGCAUUGGUGGAAGGCGCUGGUCCCCAGCUCUCAGAAUGAAGUGGAGCUGGGGGAGCUGCUUCUGUCACUGAAUUAUCUCCCAAGUGCUGGGAGACUGAAUGUGGAUGUCAUUCGAGCCAAGCAACUUCUUCAGACUGAUGUGAGCCAAGGUUCAGACCCCUUUGUGAAAAUCCAGCUGGUACAUGGACUCAAGCUUGUGAAAACAAAGAAGACAUCCUUCUUAAGAGGCACAAUUGAUCCUUUUUACAAUGAAUCCUUCAGCUUCAAAGUUCCCCAAGAAGAACUUGAAAAUGCCAGCUUAGUGUUUACAGUGUUUGGCCACAACAUGAAAAGCAGCAAUGACUUCAUCGGAAGAAUUGUCAUCGGCCAGUACUCCUCGGGCCCCUCUGAAUCCAACCACUGGCGGCGGAUGCUCAACACUCACCGCACCGCCGUGGAGCAGUGGCACAGCCUGAGGUCCCGGGCUGAGUGUGACCGCGUGUCUCCCGCCUCGCUGGAGGUGACCUGAGGGCUGCAGGAAAAGCAGCUUUCAUUUGUUGGGGGAAAAAAAAAAAAAAAGGGAAGAAAAUUUAAGACAGAAAAUGUGUCACAUGCCUAUUAUAUCCACAACGCAAACACACACACACACACACACACACACACACACACACACACACCCUAAAUCCUCUCAGAACUGAGAGGAAGCUGACUAUUGAACACAAAAUGGUUGCUCUCAAUGAGCAAAGCCUGAGAACUCUCUGGAAACCCCAUCUAUAUGUCACGAGCAGAGUGGACUCUGCUGUGAGACUUACUGACAGUGUUUGCUCCUGUUGAUACCCCUACCCCCAAAUGCACUUUCAACCCUCAGGCCAGAGAAAGGGCCUCCCCAAGGGUGCCAGCCUCCAUUGAGAUGAAAUUCUCUAAGAGCUUGGCCAGUGUGUGGGAGGCCCGACCCCCGCACCCAGAAUGCACAGCUGCUGACUGGGUGGCUUCUGAACAGGCUGCUGUUCCCUGGGGUUCUUCAAACCUGAUACCUUUCCCCAAAAAUGUAAGUACUUUGUCUUCUCUUUAGUGGAUGUGAUAGAUUAGACUCUGAAGAAACCAAGUGGCAUCCAAAAAUAUGCUGGUGUAAGAAAUUUCCCUGGCUUAACUGAACUUGUCCUCAUGUUAGCCUACUCCUAAGGACCCCCUGUGGGUAUGUAUGUGAAUGUUCUCAUGUGUGUGCCCUCCCAGGUGAACACGUGUGUGUCCCUGGGUGUCCUCCUGGUGAGCAAGGCGCUUGGCGGGACCUCAGUCCUCAGCCCUCCCUUCUCUCUGCCUCUCCCAGCAAAAUCUCACCCAGUGUCCUCCUGUCUGUCAAGACCCCACCUUCAGUAACAGCAUGUGUGUAUGUCAAGUAAAUAGAAUAUGAUAGAGCAAAAGUAACCUUAUUUGACCGAUUCGUGGUGAUUGUGGCACCCAGAAGACCUGCAAAGGACAGCUACAUGGAUUAAAAUGGCCACCACACUCCCAUCCAAGAUGACUCCUUCCUUUGUCAUACUCUGAGCAUCUCUGUGUUUGUGUGUGACCCAAAGUCAUUUUUCUCAUGCUAAGGAAUUAGUGUAGUUAGAAUAGAUCUCUCCCUGUUGGAUGCUUCUGUAUCAUUCCCACAGCCUAUUGUCUGGCAUAAUGGGGAGCUAUUUAUUGAAAUUAAAGAUUAUUUAUUUGUGCCAUG